UUUGCGCCGCUGGUGGAAUUCCGAGAACUGAGAGCUGAAUGUUCGCAGAAGUCUGUUUCCAAGAAGCGAGUCCAGACGGCUCUUCCAGGAAAAUAACGCACACCAGAGUUUGCUAGCAUGAAUAGCGCAGCAGACGGCUGCAUCCAGUUCACUCGCCAUGCGGGGGACGUGCUCUUCAACUUCAACCGCCUGCGGAGCCGCAACAUCCUCACUGACGUCACUAUUGUGGUCGGAGGGCAGCAGUUUCACGCCCACAAAACAGUGCUUAUGGCCUGCAGUGGAUACUUCUAUACCUUAUUCGUCAACACUCAAAAAAGUGACCCUAUGGUCAUAAGUUUGGACACAACGGUGGACCCCAAUGGCUUUGCUAUACUCCUGGAGUUUAUGUACACCUCCUGCCUGACCCUUAAAGAGCGCUACAUCCUGGCCACCCUCAGCACAGCCAUAUAUCUACAAAUGGAGCACAUGGUGGAAACCUGCCAGAAGUUCAUGGAAUCCAGGGGUUUGAGUGUGAAGCAGCCUAGAGAGGAAGUACAAGCCAGCCACACAAGUUUACCUCAGGAUGUCUCCUUUAGCUUCAGUAAUGUUACAAGGAGCAGUGGGAGGUCCCUCGGGCCUCCAGUCGUUCACUAUGCAGUCAGCACCUCCACCAGCAGCCCCACGCGUUUCUACGGCCACCUCCCUGUUCCAGGGGCGGCCACCUCCAGCGUUAAACCUCUGGCCUGGCAGGUUCCCUGCAACAGCGUCAUCACCCAGGGUCAGCGCUCUCCUCCAGUAGGAGAAGCCUCCCAUAAAGUAAACAGCUCCAGCAUCUCUCAAAUCUACCACCCCGUCCGUCCAUCUGUGGUCCUCCAGCUGGGCCAGGAUCAGGGCAACAACGCUAGCUCCGCCGGUAUGAAGGUGGAGGCGGAAGACAUGGAGAACUUUGGCCAUUCUCAGAUUAUCGGACCUCACAGCCCACUGAGGUCGGACUGCCAGCCCAAUUCUCCAGCCGAGUCCAGCGGCUGCAGCAGGGAGGCGGCUUCCUCCCAGAGAGCUUCAGCCAAUGAGGCGAAGGUCCACAACUGGAAGAAGUACAAGUUCAUCGUGCUAAACUCCGCCGACGGCUCAGAGAAUCUCUCUCAAACCGGCACAGAGUCCACGACCAAGAGUACCGAACACACAAGCAUCAGCUACUUGAAUAGUAACAGCAGAUCUGUGGAGGAUUUUGGUCAAAGAGCAAGUGAUGCCAUGCCUUUGUCAACAUCUACCCACAUUCAGAGGGAUGAGAGCAACUCGAACAGCUCUGAGAUGAGCCAUGGGAACAGCAGUGUGGUCUGCAGUGACUGUCAUUCCAGAGUUGAGAUGAACUCAGAGAAUCAUUGGCACCUUCAGGAGGGCAAGCCAUACAAGUGCGACCGCUGCCAGUCUUUAAAUAGCCCCAAGGCUGUCCAUCCAGUGGAAAAGCCGUACCGAUGCAAUGUUUGUGGAGCUCAGUUCAACAGACCUGCGAACCUAAAGACUCACCUGAGGAUCCACUCUGGGGAAAAGCCAUACAAGUGUGAAACGUGCAGCUCGUGCUUCGUCCAGGUGGCUCACCUGAGGGCCCAUGUGCUAAUUCACACCGGAGAGAAGCCAUAUUCCUGUGACGUCUGCGGCACCCGCUUCCGCCACCUGCAGACACUAAAGAGUCACCUGCGCAUACACACCGGCGAGAAGCCCUAUCACUGUGAGAAAUGUGACUUACGCUUCCGCCACAAAAGCCAGUUAAGACUGCACCUUCGGCAGAAACACGGAGCCGUGACCAACAGCAAGGUCCAGCACUGACCAGCUCAGCAGCAGCCGGCUGAAACAAACAUGAACUCAGAGACUGAACCAAAAUGCACAAUAAUAGCAGAGGUACCCCGACACAGUGCGGGACUGAAGCUGCUCUCUCCAUCACUGGGUACUACCACACGUGGUACGCUGAGGCAGCGGACGUCAGGCACGACUCGGGACCAGACCUCCCUUCAGUGUUAGAUUGUUACAGAUUUAAUGCGCUUCUGUACAUUUUUAUAAUGUAAAACCGACCAUAAACAUCAAUUAAUACAGAGCUGUGUAUUAUAGGAAGUGGUGAUGUUUAUAUUAUAGAUGAUUAUUUUGUGAAUGUGAAAUCAGAUACUGUUUAUUUUUGCACUUGCUGAGUAUGGUACAUGUUAGAGGGUACUCUUUAAAAAAAUUAAAUAAAAAAAGCUUUAUUUAUA